AUGGAGCCAAUAAGUUCAACCGAUGGUUUCUCUAUCUUACCUCCUGGCUUACGUCAUAAUACUGGUCCAUCAGACUGUCAGCUGGAUCUAGAUGUGGAAGCGUUGUGGAAAGACUUUCCGGACGCCCCGACGCCGCCUCCUUGCCUUGCCACCGCAGAUACCACGCCACAUUACAAUUCGACAGCCAUUUCCCCCAACCCAAGACCUGAGAUUGAAUAUAUCUUAUUUUCUAUACCGGAAAGCAAACAUGGUUUCUAUUGGUUUGGACCAGAUCCAUUGGCGCCUGACACUUGUGCCGCGGAUAUUUUUUCCCACAUUUCCGCUUUCACUUUUAUGAGAGAAGUAGUCUGGAUCGAAUUCGAGCUUUGCAAAGUCAGCCUCAUUACGGGCGAGACGAUAGAGAGGCAUCUGUUUUAUCUUCCACGCCGACACUCAUUCCUUGGGAACUUGACCCAGAUCCGACGCCUUAUGCUGGAACAUAUCUCCAGCUAUGAUCAUGAAACUGCAACUGGUCUUUAUCGACUCCGGCUGUCGAUAUACCCACGACAAGGCCUCUCUCCGAAGUGCGAGAUCCGCAGUAAAGUGAUUUGUGGUGGUGAUUGUGAUGGGUCAGCACUAGACCCCAUCUUUUUUGUUCAAAAUGUGGCUGCAAACUUCCAGAAUCCCUGA